AUGCGCCGGUCCGCCGGUGGCUCGUCCUCAUCCCCUCCUGAUGAAUCGAUCAAUCCGCCUCAGAUCCGUGACAUGCCGUCGAAGCUUCCGGGUCUGCACAUUGCACCGCUUCGUCAGCCCGUCACUCGCAUCUUGAACUCGCCAGUGCCACAGCAAUCUGAGAUAACACCGACCAGAACAAAAGGAACCUUGGCCGGAGGAACCAGCAGUCUUCCGGAAAGGCUUCCAACCCUGGAAGAGCUUUUGAGCGCCGCUCGCACGACAGAUACCGAUCUGGCCUCGCUGAAUCUCGACUCGAGUACACCGUCACUUCCUCCGAAAACGAUUCUUCCUGCAUUUAUCAACCUUCAGGCAGUCGAGAACCUGCCAUAUGUGUUUGAGAAUAAUGGAUCACCCAAGCGUCGACGUCUCGACGUCUCUGGGGACCACUUCACGAGCGAGCACCUGCAGCUACCGGUCCCACAGGCCCAGAAUGACAAGAAACCGCGACCCUUUGGUCCGUAUGCCAUUCUGAAUGGGCUUAACGAACCACCCCCGAACGCGGCCUUGUUUCCGCCCAUUGAACCGGGUUCCGUGCGGCCUAUACUGUCAAGCGGUAAAAGUGAGUCGAAAUUAGCGCUAUCGAAUAGAAAGCUCGAGAAACAGCCGGACAAGAGAGAACUGCGACUGGAAGAAAUACUUGAUCCCACUGAUGUAGACCAGCAAGCCGAUGAAGAGUCAGGCGCCAGUCAACCUACAGAUGCCGGCAACCAAGUUGACACUGGUGAAUCUCUCGCUGAAGAGCAUCAAAAAGCCGACCAGCCCUUGUCGCCCAAGAGCCGGGGCCGCUCGCGCAAAAACAUCCGCAAAUGGACGGACGCAGAAACGACUGAUCUGCUGAAAGGGGUCGUCAAAUGCGGCAUUGGCAACUGGACGGCCAUUCUUCAACAGCCGGAACUCAACUUCAACAAACGCAGUGCCUCCAAUCUCAAGGACCGGUUCCGUGUUUGCUGUCCGUGGGCUUACGGCGCAGCUGAUCCUAAUGAAGCUACGAGGCAGAUUCAAGAUACCCUGGCAAAUGCUCUGAUCAAUGCCCAGUCUAUCACAUCUGGGGCUGGCGGGAAAAUUCUUCUUCCUGACCCCCGACCCAAGGACAGCGGCGCGGUUGACCCUGUUGAACCGUCUUCGUCCAAAACCAGCGAAUCUUCGCCACCAAAAAGUUCGAAACAACCGUCUGCUGUCUCAAAAUCAACGCCAUCUCAAUCGCACAAAUCCAAGUCAACACUUUCAUCCAUGGGUAUCCCUGCACCGUACUUUACCAAAAAGUCUAAUCGGCGUUCGCGUCGCCCGUUCACACCUGCCGAGGACGAGGCAUUGCUCAAAGGCUACGCAGUACAUGGCUUCCAAUGGACUUUGAUCCAACAAGAUACACAUCUAAACCUUUCCCACCGAAAGGCGACCGAUCUACGCGACCGGUUCCGAACGAAAUUCCCAAGCGCCUACCGUGAAGGCGGCAGUGUCAGUGGCAAUUCAUUACACCGUGCGUCUGCAGAGUCAAAGCAGCCAAAUAUAGUAAACGAUGGCGCGCAACCUUCUCUUUCCCCGCAGCAGCAGGAUACACCAACAAGAUCUUCUCGCUCCUCUGCAGAGAAAAAGCAACAGUCGGCGUCUGAACCAGUUGGGCUGGCAUCCAUAGGCUCGCUUCUUCCGCCGCGACUACAGAAUCAGUCGGGCAUGCUCGUCGAUGCUAAUGGGUCCAGUGGAGGUGUUUUUUCGAUGGAUGAGACCAAUACUUCAGCAGGGGUUACGUCUUCUGCAGAGUCGGCUGCAGGGAAUAAGCAUAGCUCUGCUGGUGGCAGCAACUGGGUGGACAACACUUUACCGCCAUUGAAUUGGGAUGAUCUUACAUAG